UGAAUAUAUCUCUGCUUGCUUGACCAUUAUGUUCAAAAGGGAAUAACUAAAAGGCAAUGUAAUGUAUCAUAAGGCUUACAUUUUCAUGUAAUUUCUGGUAGGCCUAGUUCAUUAUUUUUCAACAUGACAUGAUAAACACAUAUUUUUACAACUACUACUGAGUCUUUAAAGAUAACUUGACAGGCUGUCAGUCACUGUCCAAAGUUAAUGGUUUGCUGCGUACCUUGUCCUAGGCUAUCUUGUUUCUUGAUUCUGAACUCUCCUCAGUUCGAAAGACUCACGUUCUUUGUGCUGUCAGCGCCACUGUACACUUUUCAACACACCUGUGGAGGCGCAUGUAGCCUACCUGUUGCCAAAAUGGAGAAAAACUACGAGGGUAUCGGUCGGUGUAAAUGCGCGUUUUGGUUCGCCAUCGCUCAUGACAUAAUCGGAUGUUUAAUCCUUCUGAGUGGAGUGUUUUGGGACAUUUUCUUCCACGACUUUCUUUUAUAUGCCGGCGCCGUUAUAAUCUUUCUCAGUCUCAUCUGGUGGGUGUUCUGGUACUCAGGUAACAUCGAGGUGCCACCAGAAGAGCUGGAAGACGACGUUUUUCUUUACAAGAAAGGCAAAGGAAUUUCAGGCGCUGUGCGUAAAGUAUCCAGUAGACUCACCAACAGUAUACGAAACUCGUUCAGGAGGACUGGAAGGGGGAGUCCAAGGCCAGGUAACGGGACAGAAGACACACCACAAGUCCCUGGCGGUAUUGCUAUGACGCCCUGUGGAAACGCACACUCGGAACAACCUAAAUUCAACAGAGAACCUUUGUCGGUAUAAUUCUAAGAGAACAGAUGAACAGUAGACAUGUCACUGCCAAAGAAUAAUUUCUUCAAAAUGAUGGGCCGAAUGUUCGAACACUUUUUAUUUUUUUACUAUUUAAUAAAAAAAGAUUGUUCAUUUAUUACAAUUGUAUGGAC